AUGGCUCAAGACGACGCCACCUUCGGCGCUCCGGGCGAAGAACCAACCCUUACGCCUGAAGCCGCGCCACCCAUCACCGCAGAUUUCAUGAGCUCUAUCAUGGCUCGACUCGCUCAUCAAGACGAAGUCCAAAAAAUGACCAACGACCAACUAGCUGCUUUGGUCGCGGCACUCACAGCUCCUGAUGGCCAAACGAGCCAUCCCCAGCAGAUACGCCGUCGCCUCUUCAACACAAACCCAACGGCAACCGGAGGCGACCACGUCUCAGACGACUCGGAGCCUAAUGAAACCCUUCUCGCCGAUACCCCCCCCCCCCCAGUAGGCUCAGAUCUCUCAACCAUACGCGAGAUCACCGAGCUCAAACUCAGCUUCCAACAAAUGAGCGAGAAGAUCCAUCAGGCAACCAGCGUGGCCCCACAAAUCGAGAGCGUACUCGCCGCAACCUCGCGCACCCCUUUCACUAGCGCGUUGACUAGUGUGCAACUCGGAAAGAUAGAAAAGCUGCGCCUACCCGAGUACAAACCCGGCGGAGACCCGGUGGAACACAUGACAGCUUUCAACAUCGCGAUGGCAUGGGCUCGACUCUCCGACGAAGAAAGGGACGCAGGCUACUGCCAACGGUUCGUCGAGACUCUCCACGAGCAAGCCCUAACCUGGUUCUCCCAGUUAGAGGAAAACUCAAUCGAAAGCUUCCGUGACUUGUCAGCAGCUUUUCUCAAGAUGUACAUUAUGUUCACAAAGCGCAGCGCUACCGCCUCUAGCUUGUGGAACCUCAACCAAACCAAAGACCAGAGCCUCCGCGACUACAUGGAGAAGUUCAAAGCCGUAGUCUUGAGGAUUGAAAUCCCAGACAGUAUCGCCAUCGACGCCCUGCGGAACACGUUGUGGGUUCACUCUAAGUUCCGAGAAGAGUUAUACCAAAACCCAACUACGUCACUCCAAGACGCUAUCGCUCGCUCUGAUAACUUCAUCCGAAUGGAAGAAGAUACUAAUGCAAUUCUCAGCAAGAUGAACGCACUCAAAGCUCCAGCGGCUAAAAACGCCAACACGCGACAAGAACCGUGCCAGCAUGCCCCAAGCGACAACGUGCCGGUUUCAACUCUCGUAGUCCGCGGAGAAGGUUGGAACAAGUGGGUAAGGGAGCUCGAUUCGUCCGACAAACCAGUCGAUGCUGUUUGCGCGACCCAACCUACAACAGCAGCAGGUUCAACGGCAAGCCCUUCCAGAACCGUCGAUCUCACCAAGCACUGCAAAUAUCACGACGUCAAAGGGCACGAUACGACAGAGUGCAAGUCACUCUAUGCGCACUUUAAGUUCGAACCCCUAAAAGCUAAGCCGAAGAACGGCAAGAGCUGGAGCAAGAAUAAAGAAAGGAGAGCCUAA